AUGACAAGCAAUAUCAGUUCAGGCACAACCGGUCACGCAUAUCGCCUUCGACCAAUGCCAAUAAAUUCAGUAAAUAAUAAUUCAAAUAUAUCUGGACAAUCAUCAAAUACAAAUCUAAAUAGUAAUAAUAGUAAUUCAUUAUAUUAUGGUUCAUCAUUAACAGCAGCACCUACAAUUACUCCUCCUACAUGGAGUUAUUCAUCACCGAGUCAACUAGCUCGGAAAUAUGCUAACAUAGCGCCUAUUUGGUCACAAUCAUUAGUAAGUUUUUAUAAUGAAGAUCGAGCACCAAGUGAACGACGUAGUUCAGUUAAUCAACCACAACAAAGUCAAAUACAAUCUCAACAACAACCCAUUGUACAUAGUACAAGUAUGAAUCCACAUAAUCAUCAUCAUGAGUCAAAUAGUUACCGUCAACAAUAUACUCCACAUUAUGUUUCACAUGAUCUUGCUAAAGAACCAAUAUCUUCAUCACGAGCAAAAAAAAAUAUACAGGUGGAGCUUUAACAAUGCAUAUAUCAUCAUCAUCACGUUUACAAUCACCCCCACCGCCGCCGCC